UUCUUUCCUCACAUCGUCCAGUGUGUUCUCGCACUCCCAAUCAAUUGCAUUUAUGCCGUUUUCGUUGCUUUCAAAAUCUGUCCAAAAAUAGAACAGCAAUAUGAAAUCCUCUCAGCUUCUUCCCUUUCCAAAGACGUCCUCAAGGUUUCCUACAACGAGAGCGACCGCUACAAACGAAUUGCUCUACAAGACCUGAAUGCACGGCUUGCCAAAAAGCAGGAACCCUUGGAAGACUGGCCUGCACUCUUUGACGAUGAUAAUCGUCCAACUGUUUCAACGCCGACCACAUCGGAGAAGUCUGAGACCAAGGUUGCUCAGUUGCCGAGUAAUCCCACCCUCGACCCAUAA